ACCUUAGUGCUCAAACGCCCUGCAAAGGUGGUUUUUUUUGGGGGGUGGGGGGGCGCUGUGGCUACGAGGUGCUGGGGCGGGUGGGGGCGGGGUGGGCGCCGAAUUUAACCUACUGGGACCCGAGGUUUUCUCUAACGUGGUGGUGAGAACGCCUUCUUAUUCCAGAUCUGUGGCCCCCAUUACUCUAGUUUGGGGAAGAGGACUCACCUGCCUUCCCAAGAAAAGAGUCUAUGCUGCUCCCAGAUUGUUUGUGGAUAGGAUUUCAUCCCAGGAUCUCUAUGGCUUUCUCUUCAGGACCUUGGGGGUCCCUUCUAAACCCUGUAAGCAGAGCACUAAGCCAGCGCUAUUUCAGCACCACGGGGGCCCUUGGGGCAAUACAGAAGAUGACCCGAGUGCGAGUGGUAGACAAUAGUGCUCUGGGGAACACGUCCUACCACCGCCCCCCUCGAUGCAUCCAUGUCUACAAUAAGACGGGAGUUGGCAAGGUGGGAGACCGGAUCCUGCUGGCCAUCAAGGGGCAGAAGAAGAAAGCCCUCAUUGUGGGGCACCGAAUGCCCGGGCCCUGCAUGACACCCAGGUUUGAUUCGAACAAUGUGGUCCUCAUCGAGGAUAAUGGGAACCCCGUGGGCACCCGCAUCAAAGUACCCAUCCCAACGAGUCUCCGGCGGCUAGAAGGCGAGUAUUCCAAAGUGCUUGCCAUCGCCCAGACCUUCGUGUGAGGGGUCAGGCCCGAUGGCAGGAGGGAGACAGUUUAUGGAGCAUCCUUCACACACACUGGCACUUGGGGGAAGGGGACAAUUUCCCCUUCCAUCCCCUCUACCCCCAGCAUGGAAGGAGAACCAAAUUCUGAAGUAAUAAAAAUAUUUUAUGUGUA